UUUCGUUUAGCUUUGGGAGACACAACAAACAUGGAGGCGGUAGCGACAGGAGUAGGGGGCCCAGGUGGCUGCAAAGUGCAGUGGCGGCUGAUUGUAGAAGCAUUAAUCAGAAAAAUGUACUUCCAAGUAUGAUGGAACACAAAUCUCAGGAGUGGAUUUUUGACCCCUUUGUCAAUGAUUUGAAGCUGAUUUGGACUAAAGUAAUUAAGGAAAAGUGGGACACAGCUGCUUUAUGUCUUGUAAGAUAUCUUGAAGAAUUCACAAUGUUUUCAACAUAACAAAUUCAGGUUUGCAACGUUGUGAAGUUGUAGUGUGACUAUGGGUGAAAAGAAACCAGAACCUUUGGAUUUUGUAAAAGAUUUUCAGGAAUAUCUAACUCAACAGACUCACCAUGUGAACAUGAUUUCAGGUUCUGUUAGUGGGGACAAAGAAGCAGAGACUCUUCAAGGAGCAGGGACAGAAGGUGAUCAAAAUGGAUUAGAUCAUCCUUCAGUUGAAGUUCCGCUGGAUGAAAACUCAGGAGUGUUAGUAGAUGGUUUUGAAAGAACUUUUGAUGGAAAAUUAAAAUGUCGAUACUGUAACUAUGCCAGCAAAGGAACAGCACGACUCAUAGAACAUAUCAGGAUCCACACAGGUGAAAAACCACAUAGAUGCCACCUAUGCCCCUUUGCAUCAGCCUAUGAACGUCACCUGGAAGCUCAUAUGCGGUCUCAUACUGGUGAAAAACCUUAUAAAUGUGAAUUGUGUUCCUUCCGCUGUAGUGACAGAAGCAAUCUGUCUCACCACCGGAGACGCAAACAUAAAAUGGUGCCAAUAAAGGGUACAAGGCCUUCCCUUAGUAGCAAGAAGAUGUGGGGUGUUUUGCAAAAGAAGACCAGUAACUUGGGGUACAGCCGAAGAGCACUGAUUAACUUAAGUCCACCUUCCAUGGUGGUUCAGAAGCCAGACUACCUUAAUGAUUUCACUCAUGAAAUCCCAAAUAUUCAGGCUGAAGCAUAUGAAAGUAUAACAAAACCAACAGAGACUAGUGGAUUGCCGAGAGAUUCACAAGACCUUAUGAUAGAUAACCCUUUAAACCAGCUAUCUACUUUAGCAGGACAGUUGUCUAGUCUGCCCCCUGAAAACCAAAAUCCAUCUUCUCCUGAUGUUGUACCAUGUCAAGAUGAAAAGCCUUUUAUGAUGCAGCAACCUGCUGCACCAACUUCUGUUCCAACUGUACCAACCAGUGUUCCCCAGAACUCAUCCCCUACAAGUCCAGAUCCUCGUCCUGUACAUUCACAAAGAAAUUACAGUCCCGUGGCAGGUCCUAGUAGUGACCACAGUGCUCAGGCCAGCACCCCAAGUAUCAGUAACAGUCAACCAAGUACUCCAGCACCAAAUCUUCCGGUUCAAGAUCCUCAGCUUCUGCAUCACUGCCAGCACUGUGAUAUGUAUUUUGCUGACAAUAUCCUGUAUACUAUUCACAUGGGAUGCCAUGGAUUUGAGAACCCUUUCCAAUGCAACAUCUGUGGUUGCAAAUGUAAAAACAAGUAUGACUUUGCUUGCCACUUUGCCAGAGGCCAACAUAGCCAGCACUGACUGAAUUUAAAGUACACCAUGCUUUUUCUUUUAUUUAUUUGUUUAAACACAUUUCUGUCUGUCUCUUACCUAAUUGGGAGGUUGCCUUUUGAGGAAUCCAGAUAACAAUUUAAUGUUGGGGGCAAAUAACUUAUAUUGUCACAAUUCACUGACAAUAUGCUUGCUAGUCAUGGUUGUAUUCUUCACACUGAGCUCUUAAAACAAAAAUGAGGCCUACAGUGCAAUUAUACCUUCUGAAAAGGUUAGAGCAACAAAAUGUGGAUUUACUUUAUAUAUUAUGAAGCCUUGGAUCAGUUCUAGCACAGCUACAGUUCCUUAGGUUAGCCUGUGCCACAAAACAGCCCAAUAAUUCUGCUAUUCUUAAAUUACCCUAAUACAAUCAGUUUGGAGGGUGUAAGAUUGUCUGAGUGGGCCAUAACCUAAACUGCUGGAAAAUUCUGUAAGCAUUACCAACAAACAUAAUGUCUACAAGAAAAUCUAGAGUCCCCUACCCCUGAAACCCUGUAAUUGCAGUCAGGUGUCUUAAUGAUGUUCCUUUCGUAAUAGUACAUUGUGGAAGUAAUAAUGUGAAAUAAGAGUACAAAAAUAUCCACCUUCCAAUACUAGUAUCCUGCUCUUUAAGGGGAAAAAAACAAUACAAGGAAACAGUGCCUAGUGUUAAAUGUUUGUAACUUUUUAAAACUACUUUAGAACAAAAUGGAUAAUGUGUGAAAACAAUGUACCAUAAUCAUCUUGGCUAGCUUUGCAGUGCAUUACAAAUAUUUUCAUUGCCUUUAAGUGCUGAUGUCUGUACUAUUUUGCCUUUGCCCUCUGGGCAGCAAUGUCUUUUAAUGGAAAUGAAGCAGCAAGAAAGUUACAUGAUUAUGAUGAUCCAUUUGGAUUUUGUGUGGGUCAUUUUAACCAUGAACACCAUAUUUCCUUUUUGAAAAUGGCAUUCUAGUCAUAGAGGCAGCAGUUGACAGAGAAUAGUCUAGAUUGUUUUGGUUUUCAUUAAAAAUUCUGGACUUGGUGAGGCAAGAUACAAAUAUGGAGAAUCACAAUAAUGAACUGCAGUGGAUAUAAGAUGUAUGAUAUUUUUGUCUUUUAAAAAAAUACCUAGGAAAAUGAAUAGGCACUUUAAACAAAUAAUGCUAGCCGAAACUACAAAAUCCUAGUUUAUAGCACAUAAUUCCUUAAUAGCAUACAGAGGAAAACACUUUGAAAUGCACUUUUAUUGUAUAUUUUUUUAUUUCAUGGGAAACAAAAAUAUACUUUAUAUUGCUAUCCCUUGCAUAACAAGUAAAUAUGCACAUACAAACCUAUUUCAAAUAUGAUAGUGCAUUUAUUGAACUGUUUAAUAACCCUGCUUCUCUUUUUGUGUAAAAAUGUCCGAUUACAAGCUUCAUCUUCAGAACUUUUGGCAGAUGAUCAUUUCUCUACUAACUGUUUCUGAUGGCCAAAACAGAUGGCUUUUCUAAGCUGUCUAGAUCCAUCCAUCCAAAAGUUACACGAGUCCCCCUAUGAAAAAUGGGACUUUCCAGACCUUAAGGAAAGGCUUUGGAAGAGGGAGUACAGGGUGUAAGGAAGAAGAUGUAAUUUACUUGGAGACAAUCUUACAUGCAUUCUGGUCAGAGUAUUUUUAGAAUUACUUGAUUUUUUUAUUUGAAGUUUUGCUGUUUAGUACAGAUACCAUCAGUGGUAGUGUCUAAAAUCUCUUUGCUACAAAAGGAUGUAAUAAAGGCCUUAGCAGGAAAAGGCAAUGUACACCUUUCCAAAAGUUGCUGCACUGAAAUUCCCAUUAUAACUACUGGUCAUAUCUGCUAGUGUUGAUGGAAGCUGGGGCUCAGCAACUUCAAGAAGCUAGAUGUUGUCCAUCUGUAGUAAACCAUGAGAGGUAGAGAGUAUCUGGUAAAUAGCCACAAUUUUGGCAGGAUAGCUGUUGAUGACCCCAUCUGCCUAAAGCAAAUCAGUGGACUCGCAUAUUUCUUCAAAGUGGGAAAUAUUCCUUUUAGGGAAAAAUAUCCCAAGUAUAUAAAAAUCCUGCUCUGUCUUUUAUUUGCAAAAGUCCUGUAAAUAUUUUUAUGACAAAUAAUAUUCAGUAGCUUAAUCCUUGAGUAAAAUACUCUAUUAAUACUUGCAGGGUUUUUUUAAACAGUACAUUAUUGGAAUUAUCUAUUUAUUUAAUGUUCCUUUCUGGCAGAUUUCCAUCUUACGAGCUUUCAUUGAUAUAUAUGUUCAGAAGUCAGUGACAAAAUACUCAAAGUUUCGUUUGACUGGGAUUUGCCAUGACAGGAACAAAAAAGUAAUUUUUGUUCUAAUGUUGGAAGAGCUGAAUUGACUAACAAGUAAAGGCUGUUAAAUGUUUUGGUUGGUCAUCUUGAAAUUUUCAUAAAUGAGCUGUGUGCCAAAUCUGAUUUUCUGUAUUAAAUAAGAUACUAAGGCAAA